AUGGGGAACACUCAGGCGAAUGAAAAACAAUCUAAAACCGGAAAAUCACCAGCAAAAGGUAAACAUUUUAUGCGUAAUUUAAACAAAAAAGGAUCAAUAAAGGAGAGUAAAAAACGUGCAAGAAAAAAGAGCAAUGCGAAACGAGAGACAUUCGAAAGAGAGUUCGAUAAAACACCAGAUUCUGAUAACAAUGAAACGAUCGAGGCAUCCGAUAACGAUACGGCCGAGUGCGUGUUCAAAACAUCGUGCCGAGGAGCGGGAGGUGUGGAAACAAGCAGUGUGCAGUCGGAGGUAACGGUGUCCAGGUGCGAGGCGCGCGCGCGGUCACCGACCCGUGACCAGUCGCAGCCGCCUCUCAACGAUUCCAACUCGGAGUCAGUGUUCACAGAACCCCUCACGCCGCUCGCCGUUGAGCUCAACCAGUGUUACUACUCCGCAGAAAGCGACAGCGCUCAUGACGAGCCUUUCCACACCCUCACGCCAACCCAAAUAAAUGUGCUCGUAGAUGUUUCGCCAGAAAACGACUGGCCGGUUGUAAACAUGCCACACGCCGACGCUAUAUCACCACUUACACACGACAUAGAAAAAGAAAUUAAAAGUGACAUUUUCGAUGAAAAUUGUGAAACGAGUGUUAACGAAAGAACAAUGGGUUCUAUAUUAUCAAGGUCGAAACAGGAUAAUUUGGAGCCGAAUGAGUGCAGCCACGAUUUCCUUGAAAAUCGGCUGAAAUCAUGUCCCGGACAAACUUCUUUCACGCUCUCCAAACAUCGUAAGGUUGACUUGCCACCGGUGACCGCGUGCGAGCGAUCUCUCACCGUGAUCGAUAACGACAAAGAUCGCCGACAUUCUAGCCUUAGUGAAACGCCUGUGAUAGAAUCCAACGUGCUCAGAAAAGUGGCAUCACUUACACUAGAUAAGCUGACGGAUACAAAGAUUGUACGACCUAAGUUUGUGCCAGAGAAGUUAGAUUUCCAGCUGUAUGAAAAAUUUGAAGACUUUGACACUAAAGUGAGACGAAUACGAAGAAAACUCUUCCGAAGAUCUACACCUAUCAAAAAUAAUCGGGCAUUAGUGCAGUAUAUUGAAAAAACAGUUAUACUAAACACUAGUCGAACUGCGAAAUGGUUUCGAAUUGUGAUGUUCACCGUGAAAAGAAACUUUGGAGUGUUCACAAUGGAGUGCGACGUAAGAACUGGUUUAAUAAUAGUUACAAUAAUGCAAGUUAGUGAUUCAAGACCAUUGUACGAUAUAAAAGUACCUAAGUGUUUUGACGUUAUUCAAAAAAGUUCUAUAUUAAGACAGAUGCUUCUGAAUUGGUUCAUAUCAUCAGUUGCUGAAAACAGUCAUUUGAAAAACCUUCUAAGUUCACAAGAUUUGAAAAAUAUUGGGAUUCAAUAUUGCACUCACCUCUUAGCAGCAGGUGUCCUGAGGCAGAUAUCUGAUAAAGAUGCACCUACAGAAAACGUAUUUAAGCCUAAUCUAAUGUAUUAUUGGACACAUAUGGAGGCACCAGCAUUACAGCCGGUUACACCAGGACGAUUACAAAUGUGCACAUGGCCACCUGACAAAGAAAUUAAUGAAAUAACGAGAGAUAAUAGUACAUAUUACAGCGGUAUGGAAAAUGAUCAGUUUUCAAAAGGUUUUCAAAACAAUAUUGAAGAAAUAAAUGACAUCAAUGAAGCCAAAGUUGUUAUUUCACAAUUAAAGAAGAAAUUGCAAGAGCUAGAGUAUCAAUUACAAAAAGUAAAAAUUAAUAAUCAAAUUGAGAUUUUAAAUAAAAAUUUGCAAAAUAGUUUUAUCUCUUUACCAGAGAGUAAUUACAUUAAAGACAAAGUUGAUGUAUUAGUUGACAGAGCAAAUAAAGAAGUUCAGACAUCGAAAACAAUAAAUGAAAUAAAUAAGCUAACCAGCAGGGCACAGAUAUGUCCUACGAAAUAUGAUAGUCAAAUAAGAACAAAUUAUAAUGAUGAUAACACAUUAGGUAUAAGUAGGUUAGCUUUUAAAAAUGGAAUUUCAGUCAAUGAAAGUGAAAAUCAAAAAAGAUCUGAGAAAAUCGAAAAUUACUGUAAAUUGAAUAAAAGUAGAGAGUAUAAUAAACCUAAUGGUAAAGAUGGAUAUUUUGAGAAUAUUGAUAAUGAUAAUUUAUUAAUUAAAAGUGAAGCCCCAAGUCUUCCAGUUAGUAGUUCUGAUAUUCUCCAUGAUCGUCAGGAUAUUAGUUUAAUAGUUACUUGUGAAAGUUCUUCUGACACUUCUUUUGCAAGUACCUAUACAUCAAGUGAAUUAAUAAAUAAUAGAUCUAACAAUGAGAAUCUAUUAGAUUUACAAAAAAAUGAAAUAAUUGUUCAAAAUGCUACAUGUGCAACUGAUAAAUAUGUAACAAAAACUAUAUUUUCCAAAAUUGAUCAAUAUACGUCAUCAGAUAUUAGUCAAACAUUAAUAGAAGACAAGUGUGAAAUUUUACAAAAAGGUGUUCACAAUUCAAUAUCACAAUCCAAUUUUCAAACUCCACUUACGGAAACAAAGGAUAUAUUAUUUGAAGAUGACCAUAUCUUGCCUAUUACUUUAAAAUUAACUAAAUCUGUUUUUGAACCUAAUGAGGAAGUGUCUUCUCCUCCACCUCCCUCUCCUGGAAAGACCCCAUCUCCUCCUCCAGCUCCAGGGACACACUCAAUAACACCUGAAUUAAUGACUCCAGCACCAUAUAUCACUCCAAUUCAAUCCAAGCCUUUUGCUCUAUCAGUGUCACACUCAUCACCUCUUUCAGAUGCAAUAUCUGAAACGAAUACUAUAUCACAAUCACUGUCGGUUCCUGUUUCAAAUAAAGAAAUUUCUUCUACGUUAAUUGAGUCAGUGAUUCCAGAAACAAACAAACCUCUUUCAACUUAUUUAGAUGAAUCCCUUCCUCAACUUUUGGUUUCCGAAAAAAAUAAUGAGGGGACAACAUUUUGUUCAGAACAUGAUCAUCAGAUGUCAUUAUCAGUACUGGAUACUAUUGUAACUAGAAAUGAUGAAAAUUGUUUACAAAAGACCCCAUCAACGCCAGACAUUAUCCCACCGUCUUCCCAAUCCCCACCAUUGAAUGAUACUGAUCAGUUUACGUCCAAAAUACCUGUGUCUGUGUCGAUUCCUACUGCAAACACUGUGGCGCCACUAGUACCAUCAAUGCCGGAUUUGGUCUCUCAACCCUCAGCAAUGCCUGUAUCAAUCCCACCGCCUCCUCCAACGUCUGGAUUGAGCCCACCGCCACCGCCUCCAAUGCCCGGAAUUGGUCAAGCAUCCCAUCCUCUCGUGACUGGAACGGGCCCGCCGUCUUCUCCAAUGCCUGGAACGGGUGUACCGCCACCUCCACCUCCAAUGCCUGGAAUCAGCCCACCGCCUCCUCUAACGCCAGAGAUGGGUCCACCCCUUCCUCCUUUGCCUGAAAUGGACCCUCCGCCUCCUCCUAUGCCUGGUGUAGGUCCUCCGCCUCCUCCUAUGCCUGGCAUGGGCCCUCCGCCUCCUCCUAUGCCUGGCAUGGGCCCUCCGCCUCCUCCUAUGCCUGGCAUGGGCCCUCCGCCUCCUAUGCCUGGCAUGGGCCCUCCGCCUCCUCCUAUGCCUGGCAUGGGCCCUCCGCCUCCUCCUAUGCCUGGCAUGGGCCCUCCGCCUCCUCCUAUGCCUGGCAUGGGCCCUCCGCCUCCUCCUAUGCCUGGCAUGGGCCCUCCGCCUCCUCCUAUUCCUGGCAUGGGCCCUCCGCCUCCUCCUAUGCCUGGAAUGGGCCCUCCGCCUCCUCCUAUGCCGGGCGUGGGUCUUCCGCCUCCUCCUCUGCCAGUUAUGGGUCCACCUCAAUCACAAAUGCCUGGAAUGGGUCCACCGCCACCACCAAUGCCUGGCGUAGGCCAGACGCCAACUUCAGGCUCUAAUCUUCAACCACCUCCCUUACCUCCGCAUAUUCCAGGGUCAAAUAUACCUGCUCCUCCUGGUGUAGUAUCACAACAAGCGGGGCCUCUGCCAUUCCCUACACCACCAGUAGGCGGAUGGAACAUGCAACGUGCCACCUUAAGAAAAAUACCUGUCAAACCUGCCGCACCCAUGAAGCCGUUAUAUUGGACUCGAAUUUUAGCUGCACCUGUGAAACCAAUAAGUCAAGCAGAGCUCGACCCUGCAGGAUUAAAACCAUUAUGGCUAGAAAUCGAAGAAACAAGUUUGGAUAAUAUAGAUGAAUUCACAGAUCUGUUUUCACGUCAAGUGGUUAAGGCACCAGUGAAGAAGAAAGUAGAAGUAAAAGCAAAGAUACAACCAGUAAAAUUGUUGGAUAGCAAGAGAUCACAGAAUGUCGGCAUAUUAGCACAAAGUUUGCACCUAGAGUUCUCCGAGAUAGAAAACGCAAUUUACAAUUUUGAUACGUCUGUUGUUAGUUUGGAAACAUUGCAACAAAUUUAUGACUUGCGGGCAAGUGAUGAAGAACUAAUGCAAAUUAAAGAGCACUUGAAAAGUAAACCCGAUAUACCAUUGGAUAAACCUGAAGCAUUCUUACAUGACUUAUCUGGAAUACCAAACUUUGCAGAACGAAUAUCAUGCUUUAUGUUUCAAGCUGAAUUCGAAGAUGGAGUUAACACAACAAUGCAUAAAUUAGAUAACUUAAAACAUACUUGUGAAUUUCUUACUACAAGCGAGCCCUUGAAACAACUGUUUGCUAUAAUCUUAACUCUGGGCAAUUACAUGAAUGGUGGCAAUUGCCAAAGAGGACAAGCUGACGGUUUCGGCUUGGAGAUACUUGCGAAGUUGAAAGAUGUUAAGUCGAAGCAGUCGCAAGUGACGCUGCUGCACUUCAUCGUGCGCACAUACAUGCGUGCGCGCGGCGGCGCGCUGUCGGAGCGCUGCGUGCUGCCGGUGCCGGAGCCGGGCGACGUUGUGCGUGCUGCCGCGCUCGACUUCGCCGACGUGGCCGCGCACCUGCAAGCGCUGCGCACACGCCUGCAAGCAUGCAGAGAACAAACAAAGAAAGUAAUUGAAUGUGACGCCCAGAGAAAUGAAGACGGCGAUUCUCCGUCAGGGGAGAACACUAAGAGACUUGAAGUGUUUAAAGAGAAAAUGACUACAUUCCUUGACGCGGCCGAGGAGAAACUUAAGACUGAGAAUGAUAAUUUAGAAGAAUGCCGUGCAAAGUUUAUUGCUACGAUGAAAUUCUAUCAGUAUACACCGAAAUGUGGCAAAGUGGAGGACUGUGAACCCAAGGAAUUCUUUUCGCUCUGGACGUCGUUUUGUAGUGAUUUUAAAGACAUUUUCAAGAAGGAGGAACAAAUCGCCAUAAAGGAAAAGUUAAAAGAGACCAAAAAAUUACAAGAGGAAAGGAAAUCUUUGACACAACCAAAAAAAGAAGGUGGACUUAAAGCUCGACUACAAAAGCUGUCAGGUUCUAAGAAAUGA